GCUGCUUCCAGAGAAGUAAAUUAAAAAUUUUGCGCAGUUUACAAACGCACAUAUACAAGACUGUCAAAGAUGCAGGUCUGUACAGUAUUGGAAAAACGUGGUGGAUGUGUGGUGGGAGCUGAGCUGAGCUGCAGCGUCAGAGAAAAGAACGAUUCCCAGAGAGAGAGCUACACCGCCGAUUGGCACAGCAUCAACAUGAAAACGCAGCACGAGGAUCGCCAGUCAAUGAGGAUGUCUGAUGAUUCCCGGCGAGAGACACUUUCCCGUUACUGGCGCGCCCGCCCCCUCUCCCAGCAAUGUCCUUCAGGCGUUGUGCGUGUCGGCACUGUGGAAUCUGGCAUCGGUGAGCACCGCCUGCUACCCAACAGAAACACUCUCCCUCUGCCCAUCUUCAAGCCAGCCGAGCUGGGUGUGAGGUUGGGCCGUGGUGCUCCUCACAACCUGGAGGAUUUGCCCAGUGCCCGUGCACCUGAUGGAGCCUGCCCAGCCAAGAGAGAUGUCCUGGAGAUCACACGGGACCUGCCACCUGUCAAACCCAUGCGGAUGGAGUUCGCCAAGGCUCCCAGAACCCUCGGCCGGUCCAUGUCUCAGGAGGCCCAAAGAGGGUGAAGAGAGAGAGAUGGAAAAAAAGAGAGAUAAGGAAAUCAAUAAAUGGACUUGUAUAAAGUGUGAAAGAGUCAUGAGGAAACGGGACUGAUGUAGCAAAUGUAGCAGAAAUGUUAAACACUUUCUUUUCAUACUGCUAGAAUUGAAGUGAAUGAGAAUGUAAUUUCGUAAAUAGUUUUUUGAUAGAUCUUGUAAAUACUUUCAUUUGUCUAGAUAUUUAAGUUAUUUUUGUAUUGAUAUUUAAAAAACAAAAAUGUAUUGUUCUGUUCUUGGUGAUGGAGAAUUUUAUGACAGUAUAUUGGUAUAAGUCAUCAGAGAGACAGAGAAAGAGAAUGAAAGAGAGAGAAAGAGAGAGAGAGAGAGAGAGAGAUAGAGGGGGAGGUUUCCUGCAGUGGCUAGGCACGUCUGUUAAUAGUGCAAAAAAGAAAGUUUGACUUGUGUUAAACCUGGUGUCAAAUGCACAACAAAUUAACUACUGAAUCAAUAAACAAUAGCCAGAUUUAAAGGUU